UUCACUGGGUUGAACAACAACGCGAAAAAAUACGCAAAAAGCGCGACUAUGUAGACGGUCCGUCGAUAUCGCCGUUCAGUCAAUAUAUCAGUGAAGUCGCUCCGUCAGCUUCUGCGGAAACUUUCCAUGGACAACCCAGGUAUAGAGCAGUGUCCACCUUGACGUUUCCAGAUCCGCUCUUCAGAGAGCAGUGGUAUCUGAACGGCGGUGCCAAAGAUGGAUUGGACAUGAAUCUGGCGCCGGCUUGGCAAAAGGGGUACACCGGAAAAGGGGUAGUGGUCUCGAUCCUCGACGACGGCAUCCAGACAAACCAUCCCGACCUGGCACAGAAUUACGAUCCGCUAGCUAGUACUGACAUCAAUGGAAAUGACGACGAUCCCAUGCCUCAAGACAACGGCGAUAAUAAACAUGGAACGAGAUGUGCAGGAGAGGUUGCAGCAGUAGCUUACAAUCAAUUCUGCGGGAUCGGCGUAGCUUACAACGCUAGUAUAGGAGGUGUACGUAUGUUAGAUGGUGUAGUAAACGACGCAGUUGAAGCCAGAGCCCUAGGUCUAAACCCGGAACACAUCGACAUCUACAGCGCUUCCUGGGGACCUGAAGACGACGGGAAAACCGUAGACGGUCCCGGACCAUUAGCAAGACGAGCUUUUAUAUACGGAGUAACUAGUGGGAGAAAAGGAAAAGGAUCUAUUUUCGUUUGGGCUUCGGGAAAUGGAGGCCGACAUACGGAUUCCUGCAAUUGUGAUGGAUACACCAACAGUAUCUUUACCUUGAGUAUAUCUAGUGCUACACAAGGAGGUUACAAACCUUGGUAUUUGGAAGAGUGUUCUUCAACAUUAGCAACAACUUACAGCUCAGGAACACCUGGACAUGACAAAAGCGUCGCGACGGUUGAUAUGGACGCUAGAUUACGACCAGAUCAUAUCUGUACUGUAGAACAUACUGGAACUUCAGCUUCAGCACCUUUAGCUGCUGGAAUAUGCGCCCUAGCUCUUGAAGCCAACCCCACGUUGACGUGGCGUGACAUGCAAUAUUUAGUAGUACUAACUUCAAGAGCUCCUCCACUGGAGAAAGAGGCUGGAUGGAUAGUAAACGGCGUUGGGCGAAAAGCUUCUCAUAAAUUUGGUUAUGGUCUCAUGGACGCUGGUGCUUUGGUUACUUUAGCCGAAAAAUGGACUACGGUACCGCCUCAACACAUCUGUAAAAGUCAGGAAAUUGUAGAAGAUCGACCAAUUAAUCCUGCCUAUGGUUCCAGUUUGAAUUUCAAUAUGGAAGUAGACGCAUGUAGUGGUACCUUGAACGACGUCCGGUUUUUAGAGCACGUUCAAUGUAAGAUUUCUUUACGAUUCUUUCCCAGAGGUAACCUUCGUAUUCUUCUUACUUCUCCAAUGGGUACUACCAGUACUCUUCUCUUCGAAAGACCAAGAGACGUUGUUAGCUCCAACUUCGAUGACUGGCCAUUCCUUAGCGUGCAUUUCUGGGGAGAAAAGGCUGAAGGAAAAUGGAGAUUACAGAUUAUCAAUUCCGGUAAUCGACACGUUAAUCAGCCUGGAGUACUAAAGAAGUGGCAAUUAAUCUUCUACGGUACAUCUGUGAAUCCCGUACGACUUCGUCCCCCAAAUGGAGCUAGAUCUACUCCAUGGAAAUCUCCUUUGAACACCUUCACCUUUCCGACACAAGCACAACCUGUAAAUCCCGUCACUGAUAAUUUUUUUGAAGAUAAUAUCUUUAAGAAUUUCCAAGACUUUCCGAACAUAUACUCCUUCUCUGGAUCCGAUCCAGAAGAAGCCAUCAGUAGUCUAGACGGUAAAGGAAAGAGAACCGAAGUGCGUGAUAACCAGGAAAACGAUUUGGAAAACGAGGAGGAAACUAAAGAAGGCUGUGAUGAACAAUGUGAUGAACAAGGAUGCUUUGGACGAGGUCCUACUAAGUGUAUAGCGUGCAAGAAUAAGAGAAUGGACAAAACGUGUGUAUCUACGUGUCCCCCUAGAAGUUAUUCCGACUCCCAAAACGUUUGCCAACCGUGUCAUGAAGCCUGCGAAACGUGUACAGGUCCAGAUCAAAAGAGCUGUUUGUCGUGUUCGCCUGGACACGUGCGAGUCAUCGAUUUGGAUAUAUGCUUGCAGCAAUGUCCUGAAGGAUACUAUGAGAAUUUUGCCGAUAGAACCUGCAUUCCUUGCCAGCCCAACUGCGCGGGUUGUCAGGAUCGUCCAGACCAUUGUACCAGCUGUGAUCACCAUUUAUUAUUAUUCCAAAAUAGAUGUUUAGCUUCUUGUCCUCUUAGUACUUUCGAGACUGAUGACUAUGGUUGUGGAUCAUGCCACGAAUCGUGCGAGACGUGCACGGGAUCAAACAGUUCUCAGUGCAUUUCCUGUCCCACCGGGCGGUUCUGGCACGAAGGACGAUGCAUAAAGGAAUGUCCGGCCCACCAUUAUGCCGAUUCGCAGAGAAAAGAGUGCAUAGAGUGCCCCCCGGGCUGCAGCGAAUGUAACAAAACGACGUGUAUCUCCUGUUUGGACGACUGGAAGGUGAACAGCAAGGGACGGUGCGUCUCGCAAAAUAGCGAUAAGUGCGAUGUUGAUCAAUACUACGACAGCGGCCUAUGCAAACCAUGCCAUUCCACUUGUGAUUCUUGCGACGGACCUACAGAAAAAGCCUGUAUAUCCUGUGCCAGCCCGUUGAUCCUUCAGGGUACUAAGUGUGUAGGAAAGUGCGACAAAGGUUUCUACAACGAAAAAGACAACCAAGUUUGCGAACCAUGCCUACACGCAUGCGCAAGAUGCGUGGCAAAAACAAAUUGUACAGAGUGUAAGAGUGGACUACAGUUACAAAGCGGAGAAUGUUUAACGACCUGUGCUGCUGGUUACUACAGCGACAAAGGUAUGUGUUUGAGGUGCUACAUGAGCUGCAAGACGUGCAGUGGUCCAGGAACUGAUCAGUGUGUAAGCUGUCCUAAUGGCUGGCAGUUGCUAUCUGGGGAAUGCCGACCCGAUUGUCCAGAGGGAUACUAUAAGACGGAGUAUGGCUGCCAAAAGUGCCAUUACUCUUGCAGAAAUUGUCCAGGUUGCAAAAUGCAAGAGGGCAAGAGAAAAAUAAAUGUAGAAGCUCUUCUUCUAUCCGCCCAACCAGUUUCUACUUUACAGAUAGUGAACCCGUUCAAUUUUAUUACAGGAAUAGCAAUAAUAGCAUGCCUGUGUGUCAUUAUACUUUUUAUCACCAUAUUCAUCAUACUGCAGAAGAGCACCAUCCAGGCCCAACAAAGAGGUUACAGCAAAGUGUCAAUAAAGAAGCCGAAGGUGACGUGUAACUACAACGUGGUGUCUGUGAGUGACGCAGACUCGAGCGACUCAGACAGUUCAGAUGGGCAGAAGCUCAUAACCCCCAAACCUGAACGGACUGCUUGUUGAGACGAGAAACAAGUUUAAACCAAGAUCGAACAAAGAUUUAGACUAAACAAUUUUAUGAUAUAGUGUAAAUAAUUGAAACAAAGGAAAAAUCUGUCUUCAUUUGAUUGUGCUGUGGAUGUAUACGAGAGAUAUUUAAUUGGUUAAGAGCAAAUAUGUCUGAUGUUGAAGCAAAUAACCAAGAUUAUAAUAUAUAAAUAAUCACAUUAUUUUACUGGAGCGUGACGUUUUUGAGUGUAUAUUGUAUUUUAAAAACGGCAUUCUUGAAAAAUACCUAACGUAUUUUGCUGCCAUUUGGAUAUUUUUUAUGCUUAUAUCUUUUUAUAUACAUUUUUUACACUUGUACUUCCUUCAAAUAUUGUUUAGAAUUUUCGCUUUUAGUAUCUAUAAUUAUCAAUGCUAACCUUUGUAAUUAAAAUGACAAAAUAUUUCAGAAAACUUAUUAGGUUUUAAAAACCUGGUUAUUCCAGAUCUAUUUCCUCUUGACGUGUUUGGAUGUAAACGAAUGAAACCGCGCCUAUAUGUAUUGAUGUACAUAUGAAUAUUGAAAAAUAUUGUACCAGAAUCCCAUACGUUUUUUUUUAAUAUUGGUGUUAGGUAGUUUUAUCGAAAUAAAACGGAAAGACCUACUUAUAUUAUGACGAAUUAUUAUUAGCAACUUCCAAAAGAUGUUUGUCAGUUGUUAACACAGUUGUCAGUAGUAAAAAUGCAGGUAUUGGUUGUAAAGAUACGGUUGUCAUUUGUGUUAAUAGAUGUCAGGUCUUAGUACACCACAGUUGUCAAUUGUCAAAACAUAGUUUCUAACUACUUGCUAAUAGUUAAAAGAAAUUUCUCAUUUACUAAAAUAUUUGUAAUCUGUAUGAAAAUGUUUGUAAACGUAUUUAUAAACUUUAAAAGCACAAUUUAUCACUUAUAACUGUCAAAAUAUGUAGCAACUGUCAAAAAAUAAUUGCUAACUUCACACGGGAGGUCCAAACCCAAUAUAUUGGAAAAAAUUGUUAUAGUACAGUUAUUAAUAUUCAAUAUACCUACAUUAACAUACUUUUUAAAACCCAUAAAAAUACAACCGCAAACUGAUAAAACAGCAGAUAACUCCCAAAAUAUUUUGAAAACUAUCAAAAUAUUGAUAACUUUUUAAAUACAUUGUCAAAUGUGUGAUACUGUCAAAGUGUCAAAAUACAAUUGCUAAAUUUAAAAGACAAUUCCAAACGUCAAGAUAUUUGAUAACUUUUGAAAUACCGACGCUGGUUGUCAAAUUACAGCAACGAUCUGUCAAAAUCCUAUACAACUCUCCAAUCUUCGUUCGAAACCUUUAAUAUUCAACUUCAUGCUGUCAAAACCCAGCAAAUAACGAUGAAAAUAUUUGGCAAUUGUCAAAACACAAUUGCUAACUUUACAGAUGGGAUCUAAUCCCCAAAAUAUUUGAAAAAACUAUUAAACUACAGUUGCUAAUAUUCAAUAACCAUUAACAGAUUUUCUAUAUUUUUAAAAACUAUCAAAAUACGACGGAGUUAUAUAUUUGGGAUAUACCUGCUGUGUUUUAUAAGACCGCAGUGUAAUAAAACACAGCAGGUAGAUCCCAAAAUACUUUGAAAAAUGUCAAAAUAUAAUUGUUAAUUUCAAAAGAUAAGUUUAAACGUUAAAAUAUUUGAUAACUUUUGAAAUACUGCUGCUGGUUGUCAAGAUACAGUAAUCGUCUGUCAAAAUGCUAUAGAACCCUCCAACCUGCAUUCGUAAGCCAUCAAUAUUUAACUUCAUACUAUCAAAAUCCAUCAGUUGCUAGUAUUCAAUAUACAUUAAAAGACUUUCUAUCUUUCUGAAAACCAUCAAAAUACCAUCGGACACUAAUAAAAGCAGGUAGAUCCCAAAAUAUUUUGAAAGCAGAUAUCGUCAAAAUCUAGCAGAUAUCGGUUAAGAUAUUUUUCAACUGUGAAAACACAAUUGAUAACUUCACAAGGGAGAUCGAAACCUCAAAAUAUUUGAAAAACUGUUUAAAUAUAGUUGCUCAUAUUUAAUAUACCUACAUGAACAUACUUUCUAUUUAUUGAAAAACCAUCAAACUUUAAUCGCAAACUUAUAAAUCACAGUAGAUAACUCUGAAGAUAUUUGGAAAGCUCAUAACAAAAUUGCUAAUUUUAAAAGAUAAUUCCAAACGUCAAAAUAUUUGAUAACUUUUAAAAUACCAAUGCUAUUUGUCAAAUACAGCAAUGAGCUGUCAAAAUUCGUCCGAAAACCAUAACUAUAACUUGUCUACUGUCAAAAUCUAACAGAUAUAGGACGAAAUAUUUAGCAACUGGCAAAACACACUUGCAGAAUGUUUAAAUUCAGAUGUCAACUAUCAAAUAUUUGAAAUUUUUGAUGAUUAAAGAAUUUCGAAACUAUAAAAAUACAGUUGAUAGGUCAUCAUCAUCAGCCGCUUUGAGUCAACUGCUGGACAUAGGCCUCCCGUAAAUAAUUCCAAUUGAUAGGUAAUGAACUUAAAUUAUUGUAGUGCAAAGUGUAAGUUCUUUUAUCUGAUGAUCUAGUCUUUUGGUUCAGUAUUGUCCUUUUAAUGUAAUUUUGGGAGCUAUCUAUGAUUUUUGGCACAUAAUAUAAAUUUUAGUAUACAAACUAUUUCUCGUUUUAUCGAUAAAGCUACAUAACACAAAACGGAUUGUAUCAAUGAAGACAGCUCAAUGUAAAGAAAAAAAGUAAAUUUUAAGAAGCGAAACUAAAGUGCUCUUGAUAUUUCAUGUCGUAAUAAAUAUAGUUAUUUUUAAAUGUACACUUUGUAUAUAAUCAAAAUAGGUAAUUGUUUCAAAGUUAUUUAUGAAAUUUUACCAUUUGUACAUCCCAAAUUCGUAUGUUGUUGUGUAAUUUCGGUGAUAUAGGUGGUCCAAACUGGUAUGUCCUCUUGCACUGUUGUUUUUCGAGAGGUAAGAUUUAGCACAGCCAAAUAUUGUAAGGGUGGAUCAACAACUGUGCACUUUUCCAUUUCUUCCUUAAUAAGAGAAGAAUUUUGUUAGUAUGUCGUGAAAAACAAACACUUCAUCGACUUUUGACAACUCUACCCAUAAUAUAUUGUCCAUUGUUCUUGAUUACCGUGUUCUGAAAUUACUUCUCUUCUAAUAAACGUUUUCUCUUUGUUUUUAUCCUUCUUAGACUCUUUUAUUACACUUCUCCAAAAAAUUAACGCUCCACUUUAAAAUUAGCCAUUUUUGAUGUCUCGAAUUUCCUAAACCUGUUGUCCGAUUUAAGUAAAUUUUUUAAUAUGUUAUUGCCUCAUUCUUUAACAAUAUCGCUGUAAUACUAUUGCUGUAUCACGUAAAUUCUCACUGUAUACCGGGUGUACCAAUCAAGCUGUGAUUUUUUCUCAACGUUCACCACACACUAUGGAAUAUUCUAGCAUUUAUAAAAUACUGAAAUUAAAACCCAACUAUAGCCUCAUGUUUUCUUAACAUUCUGUUUUUCGAUUCAUUCACUUGUGUUGGAUAAUAAAAAAGUUAGAUACUUUAACAACUAGCCAUGUUCUUUAUCAAUACAGGGUGUUUUUAAAUAAGUAUGGUAACCUUUAAGUUUACCAUACUUAAUGGUAAAAAUAAAAUUCUUAAUUGUAUGUCAAAAAAUGCACAAUAACUAUCUCUUAAAACCUACCAAGUAUCUUAUAUGUACCUUCAUUUGCAUAUCUCAACCGGUUUUAGAGCAAUAAAUAAAUCACCAAAUUGGAAGAAAAAUUUCAACACCCCUUAUCUCGAAAACAAAGCAUUUGGAGACAUAGGUUUAUUAACCCUUAAGCUCCUAGCGUUACAUAUAUGUAACACAGAAGCCGCUAAAAUCCUAAGCCUUAAAAUCGGGAAGUGAUUCUAAUUUUAAUUAGAUGAUGAUACAAGACUUUCAAGGGACACUUGUUUGCUAGUUUUCAGCAGUUGGUUCGAGGAUUUGAUCUAACCUGUUUAUUUAGUUGAUUGUUUUAUGUGACGGUGUUUAUCAUUUUUGGUAAAAAUGGAUCCCAAGUUUGAGAAAGUAUAUUUUUACCUUUCCUUUGUUAUUAUAUUUUGUUUAAAGUGUUUUCAAUUGAGAAUAAAUUAAUGUCUGCUCUUACUGAUAAUAUAAAUUUUUAGAAAUUUUAUCCUGGUUUUGUAAAAAAUGCCUUUAAUUUUUGGUGUUACAUAUAUGUAACGCUAGGAACAUAUGGGAGCAAAAAUCGGAACUUUUGGAAUUGUAACGUAUUGUUUGUUCCAGAAAACGGUUUUCUCUUCAAGAAGCGCUGGAGAUAAUUGAUUAAUUGACGUUGAUAAAUAUAGGUAUUGAAACCCCAGAAUUGAAUGUGCUUACAGACGAGGAGUUUGGUGAUGAGGAAUAUAUUGAUUUUAACAAGAUGUCCGAGAGAAUUCUAAGAGCACCUGUUGAAGUUGUUUUACUAGUGAAAGAGAUUUCAAAAUAUAUGAUGAUAUUGACGAGACUCAGCCUUCCAGAUUAUCAGUAAAAGCUAAAAAACUAGUGAAAGAAAAGUUGAAGUUGAUCUUAUGGACCCGAAUGUAGCUAGAUACCAUGUAGGAAUUUGCUCUAAAAAAUCAUGGUGGUGUCUAUGUACAUUGAUGCUGGACAUAGCUAUGGACAUAAUGGUAUAUUUACAUUGAUGCUCUACAUAACUGAACAUAAUAGAUCCUAUGAUCCUAUGCCAGAACUAGAAUUUCGAAUAUAUCUAGUAACAUCGGAUCUUACGAAAUAUGGUACCAAACCAAAAGAUGCAGGCAGGCCAUCUUCGUCCAAAGUAGUCGUAGAUAUAAGAUAUGAUAAGAUUGAUCAUCUACUGACUUAUAUUCCUUAUAAGAAAAGGAGACGAUUUGCAGAUGAAUGCUGUAGUUCAUAUGUGCGCACCACGGGUUGCAAGUGCAAUGUGGGAGUGUGUAUCAAGUGCAACAUAGAUUUUCAUCUACAAUAACUUGAUUAUGAUUUUUCAUUUAUCUAGUUUUGUAUUUGUCUGUUAGUUUGAAAUUUAUAAUCGGAAAUAUUUUAAAUAUGUUUGCUCCUCCUAUAUCAUAUGCGUUACAUAUAUGUAACGGCAAUUUUCUAAAAAAUCAAAAAUAAUUAAGAAAAAAAAUGUAUUUAUUUUGUUUUAAAACUUUCUCCUGAAUACAUCAAAAUAAAAAAAAAUUAAAAUUUUCUAAAUAAAUUAUUUCAGGAUCUUAAGGGUUAAUUAAGCACACUGUCAUUAUUUUUUCAUGCAGAAUUACCCCUUAAAGUUUUCCACUUAUUUAAAAACACCCUGUAUUGAUGAAAACAAGGAUAGUUUUUUUAACUAACUUUUUAUUAUCGAACAUAAGCGAAUGAAUCAAAAAACAGAAUGUUAAGAAAAAGGUUAGUUGGGUUUUAAUUUCAGUAUUUAUACCUGCUAGAAUAUUCCACAGGGUGGCGCGAACUUUGAAAAAAAUCACAGUUUGAUUGGUACACCCGGUAUACAGUGACAAUUUACCAGUCUAGCAACAAUAUUAUUACAGCAAUUGUUAAAGAAUAAGGCUAUAACAUGUUAAAAAAAUCACUUAAGUCGAACAGCAGGUUUAGGAUAUUCGAAACAUUAAAAAUAACCAAAUAAGCUGAUGCGUUAAUUUCUUGGAGAAGUUUAUUACCUACCAGGAUGAUUUUCAUAAAAAAAGUGUGAUUUCACUUCGACUUUAUCUUCCGCACAUUCCAUAUUUAUAUUUAUAGUAAACAAAACAGUUGUUGACCCACUGAAAAAAGACAGUCUCUCAUGGCUUAUCUUAGACAGACCACCCCUCUAUUUUUACCUUUUAUAUAUUUUAUUAUCUAGGAUACACAAAAGAUCGGGUUUUUAUUUCUAACUAUAGAUAAAAAUGAUAAAAAUCUAGUCUACAACAUUUUAAAUUUAAUAAAGAGUGUCCUAGCUUAAAAAACAAAUUGCUUUAUAUUUUAUACAGAUUGGUUUUGAAUUUAAUUUGAGAAAUUUUGAAAUAAAUUAAUUUUAAAUGUGA